UCAGAAUCACCAUCGUCAUCUUUGGAGUCUGGGUUACAAACAUCAUCGUGUUCUGCUAGUAAUAACUCUAUAUCGGCAACAAGUUCUGAGUCAGCAACCACUCUUUUGGCACAAAUAUCCGUCCCUUCCUCCACUGUGGCUACAACCGUACCAACUACUACCAUGCAACUAUCUCCUCGAACGGGAACGUUUGAUGGUCUCAGUCAAGGUAAUGCAUACCCUGUGAUGACUCCUCAACCUAUCACCGAAACUCCAGAGUUGUCACCAGCCGAAGCUUUGAAGCAACAAAUGAUCAAGCAAAAGAUCCGUGAUGAAAAUAGAACAAGAAAGCAACGGUGGCGGGUGAACAAUGAAGAACGAAACAAGGACAAUGAUUUGCGAUGCCGAGUUAAUAAACGUGCGCAAAAGUUAUUUGGGAUGGAACCUUCGGAACACAAGAAAAAAUGGGUGGAAGAAGAAUUUGAACGACGUCGAGCCAAAAGACAAGAAAAAGAACGACGUAAGCAAGCAGUGAACGGUGCUUUGGCAGCUACACAUCCUACUUCCUCUACAUCAAUGCCAGAUGAUUCUGAUUCAGCUACGAUCUCACAGCUUCAACACAAGUUACUCCAACACUAUCAAAGUUUAUUUGGAAUGGAUCAACAAGACUCGGAAAAGACAAAAAACAGCACAGCUGCACUGGUGGCAGCAUUACAAAAUCCUCAGUUAUUACAACUCUCUCAACUCUUAGCUCAAACAGUAACAGCAGCAACGGCAGCACCAACAAUACCUCAACCACCACAUACGUCAACGUCAUCUUCGUCACCAACAUCUGCAUCAUCAUCUCAACAACAGCAACAAUCUUUGGGAACGAUUAUGGCACCUAAUAAUGACAUAUCAAACGAAACUACUGAUGAAACAUCUUCGACAUUCAUGUCUUUACCACAUUAUACUCAGCUGGUGACCGAUAAUAAUAAAGGUGAUGAGAACAACAACAAUAAUGACAAUAUGACAAAAUCUUCAGAAAAAGAUAUGGAUCAGAUGGAGCUGGAUCAAAGCAAGAUUGAUUUGGCAGCUGCUGAAAUUAUGAAACAAUUCACUUCUCAGGGUCUUGGAUCUACUCAUCGUUUGGAUCAAGUUGGUUUGACAGACGAAUCAUCAACAACAAACAAUGUAACGAAUUCAUCAUCAUCAUCACCACCGUCAUCAACAUCACCUUCAUCGACUGCAGUCUCAUCCUCAACUUUGACGACAUCUGAUAAUCAUCCAUCCACAACAGCAGUAUCGACAUCAUCAUCUGCAACAGAGGAUACAGUAAUGCAAGAUGUAGAAAAUGAAGAUAUCAAGAAAGAACAACAAGGUUCAGAAAAAAAGAAUGAUUAUCCAAUGGAUGCUGUGAUGACUUUGAUGGAGCUGAAUGCUGGAUGGCGACCAUAAAUGGAUUCUCUCACUCGACUUCUUAUUGAAAGUUAUUAUCAUUAUUGUUUUUAUUUAUCAACGCAUAUUCAAAUCUACUUUUUUUUUUUUUUUGUUUUUUCUUCCUUUUUUUU